GUUACGUCCAUCAUCGACCACUAAGUUACCGGCUUACCAUACGUUUCCAUAUAAGUUCUCAUGGCGAAAAGGAAAAAAAGUGUUGCGGAUGGGUUUCCGGACAUCACACAGGAGAACCUGGGCGAGCUUGCUUUACUGUGCUUAAGACGUUGCGACCACUACUAUGGUGCAAAACAACCAGAAGAUGACCUGAAGGUAACUGAUGCAGAGCUUGAAGAAUAUGUACGGACUCUAUUUAAAGAUGAAUGGGCCAACGUGAACCUUAAGAAGGAUCUUUCCAGUUACGAUACUCCACAACUUAUCAACAUCACAUUUCUGGGAGCAGUUGGACUUCACUCAUCUGACGUAAACUUAUUGGCUGAUCCAUACAUCCGUAUUGCGUACCAUGGCACCGUGUACUUCAGCAGUGUCAAGAUGAAAACGCUUAAUCCGUGCUGGAAUGAAUCAAUUCUAAUUGGCCCGGUAAAGCCAGACGAUCGUAUCGAGAUCGAAAUCUGGGAUUGGGAUCCAAGAACAUUUUUAGGAAACAUCGCAAAAGUGAAAGACAUACGUUCGUUUCGUGGGUUUGGGAUCUACUUGAGAGAGUUAUUUAAAUGCAGCGCCGGCGACGAUUAUCUGGGCGGGGUCCGAUUCAGUUUUCGUGAAGCCAGAUCUCGUCCUCAUUUAUUUCGCAGAGAUGUAAUGCACUCGUUAGAGACUAACGGCCGCGCCCUUCAACGCCGCCUGGCAACAGGCCUUUCCAAUCCGUUGAAGACGAUCUGUUGCUUGCAAGCGGUUCACAAGGCCAUCGUCAAAUACUCAAUGAAUAUCAACGGCGUUGUAAUCUAUGACCUCGCGCUUGAUCUAACUGACGAGGAGCUGUCUCAUUUUGAAACGGUAGAGCUACGCCAAAUAUGUGCUGCAUAUAACCCAUUGAUUGGUCGAAUGUUAACUUUCAAAGCGUUUAUACCACAGACCUUGACGAGUCGAAUUCAUCUUAUGGGAGUUCUAUCAUUUUGUUCGACGCUACGAAAAUUUAAAUAUCAUGGCGCGCUUGAGUUGGCGGAGAGGAGACUAAAUUCGUUCAUCAUACGCCUGGGACAGCAGAAAUCUAACCAGCUGGCUAAAUUUAAAGGGAAUAUUCAUCCAUUAUUGAUAAUAUUGGGAAACCUGAAGGUUACCACUAAUAUCCUACGAAACCUGAACGAUCUUGUUCAUAUGGCGUGGAGCAGACAUCUUUCAGAAGUGGCGCGCGAGUCUCUCGAAAAGUUUGCUGUGAGCUAUGGGGAUUCGAUCAGUGCAUUGACCGUCCCUGAGGAUGCGCUCAAAACCUAUCAGGUGCUUAAGGUGUUUUGUGACGAUUUCAAGAUUCCAAUUCGCAUUCUAAACCGUUGCUUUUCUGAGAAUACUGUUGAGGUUUGGAUGCAGAAUCUAGAAACCGAAGCCCCGUAUUGGUCACGCUACGUGGCCCGACAAGAUUUGAUCCUCGCUCGAACGAUAACAAGUGUCUCCGGCCAAUUACUGAGUAGAUCGUGUGAGGAGUUUCUUUCGAGACUACACCAUAACCUCGCUGGCAUUUACGAAAUGACGUCGAAAUCACUGCAACUCUCAGAAAUCUACGCUAGAACUUUGUGCACAUGCGGCCUACACUAUGUUACCCAGCUGGCCACCGCCACCGAGGACCAAAAGUUACUCGCACCUACGGGUUACUCAAGCGGUUUUAACCGAACGGUUUGCGUUGUCCUGAAUAAUAUGGCUAGUACGUAUGCGCUAAUCGUGGCAGACCUCGAAGAGAUGGUCGAGUCUCGCGAAGCUUCCGAACGAAAGCAGUGGAAACAUUUGUCAAGCGCGGGCGACGACGUCUUUCAUCGCUGGAGCCCCCGGCAAACAUUAACUGACAUCCGAAAGAUCUUCGAGACGACAGCCGAAGAAUUUGCCGAACGUCUCGCAGAUGAUAUUUCCGAUGUGAUUGUGACGGUUUGUGAAAGUGGGACGGUCGAAGAAGUUCGUCAUCGGGCGGCGAAGAUGGACAAGUUAUUGGGGGUGCUGUUUAACUCUCUCAAAACUAGCACUUACCCAAGUUUAUUUCGAAUUCUACUUGAUCGAAUGUAUGCGAUUUCGCUCGACAACCUGGCUGAAAUUGUAACUAACAUUCGAAUGGAUACCCGUGCCGAGCGGGUCGUAUUCGCUACCGCUGUCCGCCAUUGCUGCGAAGUUCUUGAAGCAUUUUUUCUCGACGAAAAGUAUGCUUUACCCUGCUAUAAAGUCAAAACACCGAGACACUCAUGGAUUCGGGAUGCAAUCGUUAAGCUAACCGAGAAGGACUCUACCGAAUCUUCAUUAAGCAUUUUACCCACUAAACUGUCAUAGUUUACUCUGUAGUUAAGUGCUCUGUAGUUCAUUGCCUAUGUCGCUUAUCAUUAUCGCAGUAAUUAACUAACGAUCAACAAUUAUACCAAGACAACGACAAUAGCAGGGAUUACAUAACAAGAACAAUUAACUUUAUGUCAAUAAUUAUUUUUGUUUUACUCAGUUAUGACUUUGGAUAGAUGACGAGUCAUGGUGGCACUGACAGUCACGUAAUAAGGUCAAGACUUCGACGUAACGGUUGAACGCAAUAGUAACAUUAUUAAGGUAACAGAAGAACAGUAAACGAUUGAAUGUUUCAUAAGG